AUGACUCGGUACGGGGGCUUGGGCCGGACGCGCCCAAAGAAACUCACCUCCAAAGCGUCCAUCCCGAUCGUCCGAGAACAGGAUAUCGAUAUCGUAGAUGAUGAGAUUCAAUCUGCUCUACAACAGAUCGAGACCGGCGUCGAAAAAGCCGAGGAGUCGGAGUUUCACUUGCAAGCGGCCAUCAAUGCUGCCGCGCAAGGUAAAGAUAAAGAGGCGCAUAUUCCCACCCGAGAAGUCAUUCUCAGCGACAUUCAAUAUGUCAAACUGUACCCCCCAAUCUUCUCGCAACCUGCGACCUACAUCCGCUUCUCCUCCACGGUCGAGGAUUGUUGCGGAUGUCCGUACAACAUGAAUGAUGAGGAUGACGCCUGGCUGAAGAGUUACAAUUCCAAGCGCGAUGCCUCCAGUCAGUGCUCGGAGGAUGAUUUUGAAGCCACAAUGAACUUCUUCGAGGAAACCGCACAGGCAAAGCAACCCUUUGCCGCGGUAGAUAGUCCCCCCGUGCUCUCCUUUGCCGAUAUGGCGGACUCAAUGGAUGCAGCUGUAGAACAGUGUGUAAAACGCUUCGCCAAGGACGUCUUCGAGCAUUGGAAGGCUCGUCGCAUAGCCACGGAAAACCGGUCUCUGGAGCCAUCAUUGAAGUUUGAAACCGGCCAAGAAACAGAUGACAGUGAUCCAUUCGUCUGUUUCCGUCGUCGUGAGGUGCGCCAGAUUCGCAAGACUCGCGGACGUGAUGCGCAGAGUGCCGAGAAGCUCCGUCGGCUUCGUAAGGAGUUGGAAGAUGCCCGUCAGUUGGUCGCGCUCGUGCGUCAACGUGAGGUCGCCCGUAGAGAGAUGCUCACAAUGGAGCGCACCCUCUUUAUGCAGCGAAAUGAGGUCAAGGAGAUGAAGCGUAAACUCAACAUCAAGGACGAUGAUGAGGAUCUCAUCAAUCAAAAGCCCAAGAAGAAGGCAGCCGAAGCGCCUCCUCGACAAGCACCUCCUCCCCAACUGCGCAUGCCUUCCAAGUCAGGCGUGCAAGGCGCGGAAGAUUUGCAGCUGUUGGAAGACGUACAGGCGGAAAAGGAGAACGAGAUCCUGCGCGAUAUCAAGGCCAACAUCGCCAAGCAUAUCAAAUGGAACGAGGGCUUUGUGGAUCAGACCCGGGCGCCUCUUUCCCCAUCUCCCGACAGAACCUUCGACUCAGCAUCAUUCCGUCCGGCGCUCACCGCGCAGUUGCCCACGCCACCAUCAUCCGAGUCUUCGGGCGAUGUGGUAGACUCCUCCCUAGAGGUCACUAGCCCGCUUUUCUCCAAAGAAAAGCUUGCUUCGCGGGCCCUGGAAUUGCACGAUGAGCCGAAUCGAAUGCCGUCAUUCAGACGCCGCGUCGGCCGUGGCGGUCGGCUCUUCAUUGAUCGUCGAAAUCUCGUCGCACGCUGUAGAAUCGAUCUAGACCCAUUGAAGGCAGAUCGGUACAAGUACGAUCAGGAAGACUCCGAUGAGGAGCCUUGCUAUACCACGGAUGCGUACAGCAUUCAGAUCAUGCAACAUCGUGCCAUCACUAUGGCCAAAGCGCGUGAACAAGCCGCAGUGGCAGCCCAAGCUCAUGCGCAGGCGCAAGCACAGGCAGCCCAGCAGCGCCGAUUGCAGGCCGAGCAAGCCGGGAAUGCGCAAGCAUCGAAUCCCACUCCAGUCGCGCCACCUGCACCGUCCGAGACGUGA